AUUGAUUAUGAACGCACCAUUAGUCUAGAAAAAUCUGCUGAUAUUGUGUCGCUCGGUGUGUAAAAAUAAAUAUUUUUCAACAUUUCUGUGGACUAAAACAACCAAUUCCGAGCAUCUGAGAAGAAAACAUGACUGAAACUAAAGAGAAUCCGGUCAUUGAGCCGAGCCGCACUAAAAUAAAACACGACUGGUAUCAGACUGACGCUCAAGUUGUCAUCACAGUUCUACUGAAGAAUGCACCUAAGGAUAAAGUUAAAGUUAACUAUGGAGAGCGAAGUCUAUCCAUAUCUAGUGCUAUACCCGAUUCAGACUCCGAAUACAGUCUGGAACUAGACCUAGCCCAUGAAAUAGUACCUAGCAUGUGUAACCUAGUCGUCACCCCAUCCAAAAUUGAGGUUAAGCUACGGAAGAAAGAAGGAUUGAGGUGGACACAGUUAGACGGUGAUAGGAAAGAAGAUAAUAUUAAGGCUAUACCACAAGCGGUCAUAGAUGCGUCUGGGCCUCAACAACCGCCGAAGCUAUUCAAAAAAGACUGGGAUAAAAUUGAAAAGGAAAUGAAGAAAAUGGAAGAAGAAGAGAAGCCAGAAGGUGACGCGGCACUGAACGCUCUCUUCCAGAAGAUAUACGGAGAAGGCUCAGACGAAGUUAGACGAGCUAUGAACAAAAGUUUUGUUGAAUCCGGAGGUACCGUCUUAAGCACAAACUGGCAACAAGUAGGCCAAGAUAAAGUCGAAAUGAAGCCGCCAGAUGGCGUUGAAUUCAAGAAAUGGGAUUGAACUUCAUAAUAAUUAAAAGCAUAAUUAAUUAUAAUAAUAAUGUCUUAUUAAUGAGAAUUACGGCUGGUGUAGCGCAGAAAUGUUUUUUAUGUCAAACUAUUAUCGACUUUAAGGUUAUUGAAAUAGGACAUAAAAUAAUAAAUAUUAUAAAGCUGAAGAAUUUCUUGUUUGUUUAAAGGCCCUAAUCUCAGGAUCUAUCUGUGAGGCGUUAUAAAAAAAUAUUUCAGAGGUAACCUAUUUAUUGAGGCUACUUUUUAACGAGCUAAUCUCAUUGUGUACUGGUCCGAUUAAAAAAAAAUACAUAUUUCAGUGUUAACUUAUUAAUCCAGGCUACUUUUUCGACGGGUGAAAUUGCUGGCAGAAUUUAGUCUUAAAAUAAAUUGACAUAACUGUGAUUUUACAUGCGGAAGUUUAUAUGAAUUGAAUUUAGACCCUAUUUCAAUAAAUAAAAAUGUCGAUAAUAGUUUGACAAUGAAAAUUGCUCUUCGUUGCGUUAAUAGAUUUUAUAAUAAUGAAUUAUGUAUCUUGAUACUUGUAAUUAGGAGGCAAGCAGAAUUAGAAGCACAUAAUCCCUACUAUAAUAUUAUAAAUGCGAAAGUAACUCCUAUGUGGCAUUUCGCUUUUUUUUUCUUAUAAAUAAACGUUUUUAUCCGUUUCUGUGAUUCAAUAAUGAAUCAUAUUGUCUGCAAAUUAUAUACGAUUGCAAUAUGAUUGUAGAGCAAACUACCGUAUAGUAUAGACCAAAAUCACCAAAAUGGCAGACCAAUCGCUUACCAAUCAAAGGUCUAAUUUCCGGUUAAAUUCCCGCUAAGGUUAAAACUGCUAUUGCGAUUCAAUUUUGACAUUUUGAAAUUAGGAGAAUCGGGUCCCUGAGUCGUUAGUAUUUUAUAUUUUUAUAAAUAAAAAGACCGUUCUUAUUGUUUUUUGGUAGUUUCCCAUAAUAAUUUCAUUAAUAAAUAGGUAUUCUGUACUUAAUAUUAUAUUCUGCUAGCUUCUUAAAACUAAGUUUCAAGUGCCUAUAUUAUGUGUAGCGUGACCAAAAUAACUACACUAUUAUGUACGCAAUAAAUAUGUUUUUUUUU